AUGGAGCUGAAGGAGACCAAUCGUGAUCACUCAGGAGUACACAAUUUGACCUUCCAGAAUGACAAUGAAGACAUUGACAUCGUAAAUAAGGAAGAUCUUCAAGACAAUUUACAGAGAAUCGAGAAUUCACAACAUGAGAAAAACGUACAUACUAAUCAGGAGGAUGAAUUCAUCAACAUUGAGAGUGAUCUGCAUGAAAACAAACAUGACUCAGCGGGUGAUGAGAAACUACGCUUAAAAGGGCUUUUAGAAAAGAAAUAUGAUAAAGCCUGCAUUUUUUGCAAGAAAUAUAGAACCAGAAUUAAGUAUGUGAUGUGCAGAAUUUUAAUAACAGCUUAUUUGGCAGCAGUUACUGCAGCCUGCAGCUUGAAUUUUCAGAGAGCCUUGCCACUCUUCAUCAUUACUGUCCUAGCCAUCUUCCUCAUCUGCUGGGAUUUUUUAGUAGCGAAGUAUGAAGAGAGAAUUGCAGCAUUUUUUUCCCCUGGAGAAAGAUAUUUGGAGAAACAGUGGUUUUGGCUAAAAUGGGUAGUGUGUGCAGUUGUUAUUGUAGCUAUCAUUUUCUGGCUCAUCUUUGACACAGCAAGACAAGGACCCCACCAGCUGAUCUCCUUUGGUGGGCUUGUGAUGUAUAUUCUCUUGAUGUUUAUAUUCUCCAAAUAUCCAACAAGAGUUGCUUGGAGACCAGUGUUUUCAGGAAUAGUAAUGCAGUUUAUUCUUGGGGUUCUUAUCCUGAGGACAAAACUGGGGUUUGAUGUAUUUAACUGGCUAGGCAUUCAGAUCCAGACUUUUCUGGAGUACUCUGACACAGGUGCUAAGUUUGUCUUCGGUGAAAAAUACACAGAUCAUUUCUUUGCUUUUAAGGUCUUGCCAAUUGUGGUUUUCUUCAGCACAGUAAUGUCUAUGCUUUAUCACAUUGGAUUCAUGCAGUGGCUCGUUGGAAAGGUUGGUUGGAUAAUGCAGAUUUUUAUGGGGACAACUCCUGUUGAGUCUCUUGUAGCUGCUGGUAACAUAUUUGUGGGACAGACAGAGUCUCCUCUCUUGGUACGGCCAUAUUUGCCAUACAUCACCAAAUCUGAACUCCAUGCAGUCAUGACAGCAGGAUUCUCAACUAUUGCUGGAAGUGUCUUAGGAGCAUAUAUUUCUUUUGGGGUUUCUGCUUCCCACCUACUGACUGCUUCUGUCAUGUCCGCACCAGCAUCGUUAGCCACCUCCAAACUGUUUUGGCCUGAAACUGAAAAGCCUAAAGUAACUUUGAAGAGUGGCCUAAAAAUGGCAAAAGGUGAAUCAAAUAACCUGCUGGAGGCAGCCAGUCAAGGUGCAUCCAGCUCUAUUCUGUUGGUGGCAAACAUCACUGUGAAUCUCAUCUCCUUCCUUGCCCUGCUGGCUUUUGUCGACUCAGCUCUCUCUUGGGUGGGCAGUUUGUUUGACUAUCCACAGCUGAAUUUUGAGAACAUUUGUGCAUAUCUCUUUAUGCCAUUCUCCUUUAUGAUGGGAGUAGACUGGGAAGACAGCUUUAUUGUUGGUGGACUCCUAGGUUACAAGACUUUCUUCAAUGAAUUUGUGGCUUAUGAACGUCUCUCAAAACUGAUACACAAUCGAGAAAAGGGUGGGAGCAUGUACAUAAAUGAUGUGAAACAAUAUAUGACGGUCCGUUCUGAAACCAUUGCCACCUAUGCUCUUUGUGGAUUUGCCAACUUUGGCUCUCUGGGAAUGGUAAUAGGAAGUCUAA